GUCGGUGGGCCGCAGGCGAGAUGUCGGCCCGCCCCAGCAGCGUGGUCCGCGGCGCGAGCUCCGAGGACUGCAUGGGCCGCGUCUUCACCGGCUCCACGCGCGCCGAGGACCCCGCGGAACGCCCCCACCCCGCCCCCUCAGACGGGGGGACGCCGCCGCAUGCCCCGGGAGGCGGGUGGACCUCAGAGGGGGACGGCUGUGCCAGCGACGGCGAGCCCUUGGCGCGCCGCGCCCGCCCGCCGCCGCCGCCGGCAAGGCCCCCGCCGCCGCCCGCCGCCGCCGCGUUGGCCGCGACGGCGGCGCAGGUGGCGCUCCCUCGCGCCGAGGGCGGGCGGCUCCGGCUGCUCGCGGCCACGAGGCUGGCCUUUCGGCCGCCCCCCGGGUUGGCUGCGCUUUCGUGCGCGCACGCGCCCUCGGAGGCGGAUUGCGGCGCGGCCGCGGGCGCCGCCCCGCUCUCGGGGGAUUCGACGACCGCCAGCGCGGACGAGGACGCUCCCACCGCCCGCGCUGCCCUGGCGGCGCCUCCUCUGGCCGGGCGUCUGCCGUCGGUGGGCUCCGCGCUGCACGCCUCCGGCACGUGCAGGCCUUGCGGUUGGUUCUGGAAGCGGGGUGGCUGCCAGAACGGCGCGGAGUGCCGCCACUGCCACGUCUGUUCCGCGGACGUGUUGGUCCAUCGCAGGAAGCAGAAGACGCUGGCCUUCAAGCAUCAGGCACUGCAGCUUCGGCAUGCGGGCCACCCGGGCCUCUCCGUGGCAGCCACGGAACAGCGCAUCGCAGCCCUGGCAGCAGCGCAAAUGCAGUUGGGCGUGCUGGCACCACCAGGGCUGCAAGGGCAGCUGUCCAUAGGCUCCGCCCUGCACGCAUCGGGUGCGUGCAAGCCGUGCAGCUGGUUCUGGGGGCCCGGGGGCUGCGAGAACGGCAGCGAGUGUUUGCGCUGUCAUAUGUGUUCGCCGGGGGAGCUCUUGCGGCGCAGGCGCGACAAGCAGACGAUGGGCGUCGCUGCCGUCCGCCGCCUGUCCGUGGAGGGGGGCGGCCGUGGCGACGGCGCUCUGGAGCUGCCCUGGCGCUGCCGUGGACUCGGACGUUGCAUCCCGCCCGCCCGCACCCUCGCGAGCCGAGGCGGGGCGAGGGCGCUUUUCCUCCCCUCCGGGCGCACAGCGAGCUGCCGAGGCGCGCCCACCUUCAUGGCCGCGCGCCGGCAAGCGACACGCCCGCCACUGGGCUAUGGACGGCGCCCGCGGGCGACCCUCUGCGGCGGCGCGGCCGCCUGGCCGCGGUGCCCCCCGCGGAGCCUUUUUCCGAGCGCACCUUGUAGCAGCGAUACGAUACUAUGUUAUUUGGGCCUAGUUCCACUCUCAGUGUUACAGCGCCUGACCGAAGGUGUUGCGCGACAUGUCUGA